AUGCGAUUGAAGAAGCCACACCUUAAAGACAAUCCCCCAAACCAGCAAUGUCUUCUAUGUGAUCGGUAUUUCUGUGUCGACCACAAGGGGAAGGAGGACGGCGUCUGUGAGAUCAACCAUGAAACAUAUUAUCGCAACCAUCCGGCGGCACAGAACUAUUUGUAUCGGACGUAUGAGGACUGGAAGAAAGAUUAUGAGGAGAUGAUGGCUGAUGAGAUGUCGGGGAAUGAGGGGUGA